AUGAAAUUAAUUGAUUUUGAUGCAUAAGAUAAUAAUAUCAAUAACAUUUAACUUGAAAGAAUAUUAUAUCAAAUAUUUAAUGCCUAUCAAAAGAACAAUUAAACAAUUUAGCCAUUUUAUUUUGCAAAGAUUCCCGAAUAUAUUUUCUAAUUUUUUGAUUAGUUGAUAAUUUUUAGUAAUAAAUAAGUUCAUUAAUUUCAAAUAGAAUAAACAUAGAUCGUUUUUUUUUAAUUAAAGAUAUCCCAUACCUAUUAUAUGUUUGGAGUACAUCUGAUAAAAAAUUAAAUAAUUGAAUACAAACUUGAUCUCGAAUAACUAUCAAUUCUGAAAGUUGUUGAUUUGAGAGAAAACGAAAUCAUUAGACCAAUAGAAUACUAAAUUAAUGAAAAUUAUUUUAGUAUAGGAGUUCGAAAUGACAUGAAAACUUACAUUUUAUUAUUCGCAAUUUAAAAAUAAUAGUCACUUAAAUUACUAAAUACUAUUCAAAUUGCAAGAGAUUCAUUUUUUUUCCAAAAAUAGUAUUUGAUUUACUAUGAUAAAGAAGACAAUUUAAUGAUUUUCAACAUGGCAGACUUUGAGAUAUAAAUUGAAAAUGUUAGGUAGUUUAAAAGUCAGAGGACAUCAUUUAAUUUCAAUGUUUUUAUAAUUCACUUUAAGUAAAUAUCCAUAUAUUGUUAUGAAUUGUUAAAAACAACAAACAAUGCCUCUUUGUAUUAUUCUUUCCAAAACAAAACUAAAAUUUUGCCAACUAAAUAUUUUUAAGGUCCUAUUGACACUCUCAAAAUACUUGAAAAUGAUAUAUUUUAGAUUGAAGGUCCAUUGUUAGUUUCUAAGGUUUCUCUUGAAGUUGAAGAAGCUAAAGUAUACACUAUAAAUCUAUCGACUAUUUUUACGAAGACUAAAUAUUUCAGAAUUAUAUACCUAUCAUUUUAAAAUUCUACUAUGUUAUUCUUUAAUAAAGAGAGUCUAUAUAAUAUAUAGAUUCAAGAAAAUAUAUUAUUAUUAGAUAUCAUACUAGUAAAUCCUUAAUAAAUAUUGAUGAUACUUAAGAAUGAUAAAACUGAAAUUUUUAGAGGAGUGAUUUAUUAGAUCGAUGAAGUUACGCAUCAAUUAUAAAAGGAACCUCGAUUUGAUGUCUAGUUGGAUCUUGAUACUAUGUCCAAAGAAUUUUAAUGUUUUAAAACUGGAAAUUUAAUUUUUAUUAAAGGAUUGAAAACUUAAGUAAUUUAUCAAAUAGUUGGAUUUAGUUUGAAAUCAAUUCCAAACAAAUUCGAUAUUAUUGAGAUUCUUAAAAUCAAAGGCGAUAAUUAACUUUAUGUUUCACUCUCCAUCAAGGACAAUUAUGUUCUCUUUUUCUAAAUUCUGCUUAUUAAUGAGUUUCAACUUGAAUCAAAAGUAUCUACGACUCUUUACUUUGAAAAUAUACUAAAUUAGCUUAUAAACCACAUUAUGUACUAACAAAUAAUUUCUUUAUAUAAUUUUCGUAAUUUCCAAUUUUUAGAAUGCCUGAUUGAAGAUGGACAAGUUAAAAUCACAGGGUUGUAAAUGAAUGGGGAAAUCUCAGUCAUCAGCGAAAUUAUUAUUCAAAUGGAAGAUUCUAGUAUCUCUUACAAACUAUUAAAAAUUACAAGAAUUAAUAUCAAACCAGAUCGGAUGCAGCAAGUAUAUUAUUGUUAAAAUAAAUUAAUUCUAAGAUUUUUAUCUGGUGAAACGUACUUUUACGAUUUAACAGGAGAUUAAGUUAUCACAGAUUAUAUGGGAAGAUAGACAGGAUUGUGGUAUAGUUAUCAUGUACUUAAUACUACUCAUGUUAUUAUCUACUCAUAUUUGGAAAAUAAAAUAGUUAUUGCAGAAAUUGGUUAUGAAAUUCAUGUUAAUGAAGGAUAUUCAGGAAAUCAUACAUUUACAUUAGUUGCUGAAAACAAGUUAUCAUAAAUACAAAUAAAUUUAACAAUAAUUGAUAUAAAUCAUGAUCAGAUAAAGGAUUAGAAUGUUAUAAUCAUUUAUCUCUUGAUAUUUAUUUUAGCUUUAGUUUUAUAUUAUCUUAUUAGAAGAAUGAAAUUAAAAUGCAAAUCGCUAAAUACUUAAAAAAUUAAUGGAAUCGAAUUGAAUAAUCAAGAAUAAUGUGACUGA